UUAAAGAUAAGAAUAAGAGAUGUAAAUCCACAUAUCGUAUGUUCAUUAUGUGCUGGAUAUUUUAUUGAUGCAACCACUAUAACAGAAUGCUUACAUACAUUUUGUAAAAGUUGUAUAGUAAAAUAUCUACAGAGUUCUAAGAAAUGUCCACAAUGUAGUGUCAAAGUACAUGAAUCUCAACCAGUGUUUUUUCUUCGGCCUGACCGCACAUUACAAGAUAUAGUGUAUAAACUUGUACCUCAUUUAUUUGAGAAUGAAGAAAAAAAGAGAGAAGAAUUUAACAGAACAAGGAAUGCCAACCAAGAAACACAAGGUUGUGAACCAGGAGGUUUAGCACCAAGAUUAUCUAGCAUUAUCAAUAAUCCACAAGGUCAUCUUUAUAAAUAUGAUGAACAGAUAUGUUUAUGUUUAGAAAGAUACAGUCCACAGAAAAUUCAACAUAAUGGUAGAUGGAUACAGUUACAACCAUUAGAGAAGAAGUUUGUAAGAUGUUCUAUAAGAGUAUUAGUAUCUCAUAUCAAAUCUAUGUUACAUAAAAAACUACCAUUAACUAAUAAUAUCAAGUUAGAAGUAUUAUGUGGAGAUGAAGAAAUGCAAGAUGAAAUGUCAUUAAAACAGAUAUAUUUAAUGAACUGGUACACUAGAGUAAGUUUAUAG